AUGGAAGCUCAGAAUGGAAGUAAGUUUUCCCUCAUUAAACUUGACCCGAAUUUUUCUCCAACAAAAAAUUCAGCCUUUUUAGUCUAUAACCUAUCCCGUCAGUGGAGUUUGCUUGAUUUAAUCAUUUUUCCUCCCUUUAAAGCAUUCCAUUCGUCAUUUCUCCCAUUAUCAUUACCAUCUGCAGCCAGCCAAGCCCGGAAACAGCGUCGAGAACGCACCACUUUUACGCGUCAGCAACUGACAAUGUUGGAAGACCUUUUCACGCGGACUCGUUAUCCUGAUGUUUACGUUCGUGAGGAACUGGCUCUCAAGCUGCGACUGCCCGAGUCCCGAGUGCAAGUAUGGUUCAAGAACCGACGCGCCAAAGGACGUAAUCAGCAGCGCCAACGAGAAGCACUAGCCGGAGGAGGCAGUGGGCACACAGGCAAUGGUAGUACCAAUACUCUCGCAGGCCAGACUGGUGCAGGAGUGAUUCUAGCCUGCCAGAAGAAUGAUUGCAGCCUGACGAUCAAUUAG